AUGUCUUUGGUAGUCUACACUCUGCUCAUCAUCCUGUGUAAUGUUUGGUGGUUGAUCUGUGGGGCUUCUGUGGCUGUCCCAGAAGUUGCUGUGAGAUGUGCUGAAGAAGUGCUGCUGCCCUGUAAAGUUCCUCAGGACUCCCCAGUCACCUACCAGACAGCAUCUUGGUAUAAAAUGGCUGGAGAUGGUGAAGGAAUAGCAUGGAAAGUCCUUGAUGUGGAAUCUCAUUAUACAAAAGAACUUGGGGGCUCCCUGGAGCUCUCCAAUGACACCUUCUUUUCACUGAGGAUCAGAAAUGCGACCAGCAGAAACAGCGGGAUGUAUAAGUGUACUUUGGGGGAACAGAGUGGAGAACACAAUCUGAGUGGCGCCGUCACAUUAAAAGUAACAGGUUGCCCUGGAAUAGAAAAUGAAAAAUUAAAAAAAUACAAAGCUGAGCUUUUCAUGCUGACUUGCCUGGGGAUUUUUUACCUGCUGCUCAUCUUUUUCACCUGUACAUGUCUAAGAAAAGAGAGUAUGUCUCCCAUUUAUCAAAAAACUGGACCAGAUAUGAAACACAUGCUCACCCUCAUCAACGUACGUGAAAUGACAACUUUCCAGGAUUUAAACAGUGACAGCACUUGCAAAAAUGGAAUUACUUCAAGUUAUGUCUAA